AUGGCUAAGAAAGGAACCCGCAAGAGAAGCCCUAAGACAUGGGAUGCCCGCUCUGGUAUGUGCGGGCUGGGAGGUCUCUUCUCUGGCUCUCCCACCCUGACUCGUCUCCCCUGGAUCUCCGCCACUCGGAGCCUUGUAUCAUUUGCGUUGAUGGCUGAGGCCCUUGCAAUUCGUCUGGCAGUUAUGACUGCGGCUUUCUCGAACAUUAAAACCCUUGCGAUCAUGUCUGAUUCUCUUACUCUCAUCAAGAUGCUGAAACAGAAGGAAUCAAGGCCGGCUCUGUAUAGGAUUUUGUUCGAUAUCUAUCAUUUUAGCACCUACUUUAAUGUAAUCUCCUUUCAUUUUAUUCCUCGCUUGCAAAACUCUGAAGCUGAUUCAGUUGCUAAGUUGGCUCUUGCCAGCUCUGUUGUAUCAGUCUCCUCUAAUGGAGCGUAA